AUCGUAAACUCUUCGUAUUAAAAUAUGUGUACCUUUCUAAAAAAACCUGGUUUAGUUUUAGUUAGCCAAGUUUAAAUUUUAAAAGUGGUGGCUGCCUAUUGUUGUUUACUCGCCGGCAAACUUUGACCCUAAAAUGUAGUCAGGUUGAUAACGACGAUAGCGACGCCCUUCGCAGCGGUUGUCUGGAUGAGAUUCAUCAUUGGGUGUAAUGGCGAAGAAGCAGCAUCCGCGGGACUUUCAAAAUUUCAAGAGAAAUGAAAGGAGCAGGGCUACGGUUUCGGGUUGCUCUUCACUUGGCAUGGAGAUUAAGAGAAAGAAAAUCAGGGAGAGCACCUACUUCCUAGAACAAGAGGACUGCAAUAUCCAGGAGAAAAUCGACUUUGAGAUCCGGAUGCGGGACGGAGCCCACAAGCUCCUUGCAGCCAGCACCCAGAGAGAUCAGGUUUUAAACGCUUCUAAAAACCUGAUGACCUGUAACACGCGCAUUAUGGCUUACAUGACGGAGCUACAGAAAAAGAAGGAGGAACAGAUCAUGAACAGAAUGGCAAGAAGGUCUUCUGAUGUAGGGGCAAAGGAACGUACAGCAUGCAAGGGGAAAGUUGCAUUAUCAGGCCUUCGGAUACCGUUAAUGUGGAAGGAUUCUGACCACUUCAGCAACAAAGGAAGGUCCCGACGCGUGGCUGUAUUUUGCCUGAUGAAACUCGGCUCUGAGGUUUUUGACACAGAAAUGGUGGUUGUGGAUAAAGCUGUCACAGACAUAUGUUUUGGCAAUUUAACUGUGUUCAAUGAGGCAGGACCAGGUUUUGAGUUACAACUUCAAGUGUACAGCUGCUGUUUGGAGGAGGAGCCCUCCAUAGGCAGCACUCCUAAGAAGCUGGCAAAAAAACUGGGUACUUCAUUGGGCAAGUCCACAGGAAAGAGAGUGUGUCAACUGCUGGAUGGAAAUGACCCUGAGUCCUUCCUCCAGUCCAAUCCAUUAGCAGUCGGAGCCAAAUACAACUUACUUGCCUAUACAACACUAACUCUUCCUCUUGCUGACGGCAGCUUCCAGUCACAGACCCUGACUAUUACAGAGAAUGAGGACUCUUCCUUCUGGCUGCCUCUGUAUGGAAACAUAUGCUGUCGUUUGGUGGCUCAGCCGGUGUGCAUGACCCAAGAUAGCAUGAGUGGCUUCUUGAAUCAGCAGCAAGCUAUUGGAGGCGUUCCCAGCUGCAGCAGGCUGUACUGUGUCCUGAGAGGGGGAAGCAUGUUCUGCUAUUACACUGACACUCCAGAGGAAAUUGAGGCUAAAGUACAACCUGCCAUUGCCAUUCCUGUUAACAAGGAAACAAGGAUCCGAGCUGUGGAUAAGAACCCACAGAAAAGGACCAACAGUUUCACUGUCAUUAAUCGUGUAGAUGGGGAGGCAAUGACCAAUGUGUUCACUGCAGACUGCAGAGAGGAGCUUCAGAAAUGGAUGGAGGCAUUUUGGCAGCAUUUUUAUGAUCUGAGCCAAUGGAAGCACUGCUGCAAAGAGCUAAUGAAGAUUGAGAUAAUGUCCCCAAAGAGGCCUUCUUUGUUCCUUACAAAGCAAGCCACCUCAGUCUACCAUGAUAUAAGCAUUGAUUCCCCAAUAAAGCCUGAAGGCCUAACGGACAUCAUUCAUAAUAAAAUAGAGGAGACAGGUGGGAGGUUUCUCGUCGGGCAAGAGGACACUCCUUUGGGUCCUCAUUGGGGUGCCCUUUUUGAAGGCACCCAUAACAUGGUUGUUCAGAAAAACGUGGUGUCUCCUAGUCAAAGCUGUGAAAACCUCAGUCCUAACAACUACGCAACCAAGAAAAGACAAGCUCCACCACCUCCCCCUGACAGGCUGCCUUACAAACCAGGAGGAAGUGGCAAUAAUCAGGCAGAUAAAGAAAAUUCCAGGAAUAACCCAAUGGCUCCAAUGAGGGCAUCUUCCCUCGAAAGCAAGUUCUCUUCGAUAAUACAGCAGCUGCAGAGGCCCACGAUCCCUCCCCGCAAGAACCUGACUUGUAACAAAGCCAGUUCAAGUGAAGACCAGAUGCCAGAGCCCUUACACAGACCUGUACCUGCACCACGACAGAGACUCAAAUCCUUCAAGGACAAAUUGAAUCCCAAAAGAUGGGGACACACUCAAGAUUAACACUGCUUUCUAAUGUGCAUGUAGCAUGACCUGAAGACAGGACUAUACCAUCUCUGUCAAAGUCUUAUUUUAUUUCAGAUCUCGAAGCUUUUUAUUUACUGCCAUUUUGUAUACUUUUUAAACAUUUCAGUGGUUUUUAAAAAGAAAAGAAAGUAUACUCUCGUUAAUCCAGACCCCUGUAGUCCAAACUGAUUUAUAAUCCAAACCUAUGAUAAUGAAAUGCAGACUGAUGAUCAAAUCUGGUCCCAACUGGAUUGGAUUAGCAAGAGUCUCCUGUACAUAUAUUUUAAAUCCUUUGUUGCUUUUUAAUAAUGGAAUAACAUGAAACCCUAUUCAAAAACCUUAACUGUAUUUUAGAGUGUUUUUAAACAUUCUAUUUUAAUAAGGCAUGGUUUACAGUUUUUGAAUAGGGCCUGUUCUUUAGUUUUCAUUCCUAGAUGGUAUGGAUUACUGAUGUGUACUGUGACACAUUCCAUUUCAAAAUAUGUUUGCACAUACUUAAAAAUCGUCAGAUGGGUCUCUCAAUUCAAAACCUUAUCCUGUAGUCUCUAACUGGUAGCAUGGGUGUUAUUAUGUAGCAUUGAGAUAGCUUAAUAUUGUUAACAUAUCUACUGUGAACUCUUUUUUUAAAAAACUUUAUAAUUGAUUGUAGGUUUUUUUUGGUACUGUAAUACUCCUAUGUUGUUUUGUGAAAGUAACUUUUUUAGUAAAACAAAAAUGUAAAUUUUGUUUAAAAGAAAGAAAAGUUUUAAUACUAUGAUGAUUUUCUAUUUUUUGUAAAAGACAUGGAUGUUUAUUUUAAUGAUCUAAAUUGCAGCGGAUCUAAAUACAGCUGGUCUUUAAUUCAACAUUGAUCCUGCUGCUGCUUUCCCGCCCAGAAGUAAUUUCAACCCACUGGAUACCAUAAAAAUACAGUAAAAUGAGGUUGCAGACAUUUUUUGGAUGACGAUAUUAAGAUCCGCCAUGGUUUAGAUCAUUAAAAUAGGCCGCAUCAUGGCUUAAAUGUUUCCUAACUAAUUAGUCUACUUAAUUUAAACAAUUUUUUUUACUGGCCUUGCACUCCUGUGGUUUUCCUGUGGUCCUAGAAUAAAUACUUUAAGUAUG